CUGGUUUGCAGAGGGGAUUAUGGUGUGGGGCUUUAUUAUUUAUGUGUUUAAGUUUGGCUUCACCCGUUUCUUGCCAGUAAAAAGAACAUUGAUUUAUUUAGUGAUUCAUGUUCAUGCUGCCAGCCUUGAAGAUAAGUUUGUUGUGUUAGAACUUAAUUAUGCAUUGGAGUGCAACCCAGGUGUUCUCAUCCAGCAUCAGUGUCUGAUCUCAAAAAUCACUUCUGAAAGUAUAUAAAGAAAUUCCUAUAAACACUCUGAAACUCUGAGUUGAGCUGUUCUAUAUGUGAUCAACUUUAUGGGUAAAGAAUGGGAUGGCAGAAUAGUGAAUAUUAGCAACAGUUUUGAGAUCACAAUUUAAGACUAGCCUAAAUUUGGUUUGCCAAUUCAGAUGCUAAGUUUCUAAAAUUAGCAAUUCUUUCUUUUUUGUAAAUAUUUAAAAUCCAGUAUGUCACAUCAGAACAAAAAAAAAGUUCUUUAUAAGCUAGGCAGAAAACAAAUUUAAUAUAUAAAGUAAAGGAUAUGAAUACUACACAAAAAAGUGUGAGAAAAAUAAAGCAGAAAAUAUUACAAAUGCAAGAGGAAAUUUAAAAUUUUGAGCUAUUAAUAUAGGUAUAGAAGUUCGGCGGUCCUUAGGGGUGUGUAUGCGUGCAUGGUUGUUAAUCCUGUCUCUGUAUUGCUCUGCAAUGGAUUGGUGACCUGUCGGUGACUCUGCCUCCACACCGUUGACCGUUGGAGAUGGGCACCAUCACCCCUCGUAUACAAAUUUGGCUUUAAUCCUUGAAACUUCUCAUUUGUACCCGCAGUCUAAAAAAGCUGAGGCUUAACGACACUUUUAUUUUGAAAAGUUAAACCGGCAGUUGUUUUUGACGGACAAAGAUGGCGACGUGUUUGUUACUUUCCUCUAAAAUCUGUAUGAAAUGAUUUUAUAAUAAUGGUAUUGUGAAAAGAAGACGACUUUUCGGCUCCGUCCUUAUGAACAUUAUCAUUCCUGUAUAUAAAAUAACCGUUAAUAUUUCCCGGAAGUAGCCGCUGUAACAUUUGGACAGAUUCCCAGGCAUCGUGACAGGGAUGGAGCUGUCCCAGAGGGAGCGGCUGUCCCAGCUGGUGGAGGAACUGACCACAUCUGGACAGCCGCAGCUCAACCAGGACAAUGUCAAGGAGCUGAAGAAGAUCUGCAAAGCGUCCAAUGACUGCAUAGACCAUGUGUACCAUUCAGUGAUGACCCAGCUAAACCAAGAACACGCUGAGAUCCGGCUGUCGGCCUUCCAGAUAGCCAGUGAGCUCUUCUCCAGAUCGCAUCACUUCCGGACACUGCUGGUGGAUAACUUCCAGGAGUUCUUGGAGCUGACAGUGGAGACGGACUCGGAGCAGCCCCUCCCUCCUCCUAAAGAGGUUGCCAGGAAGCUGAGGUCACUGGCCAUCCAGACGGUCCAAUCCUGGCACACCUCGUACGGUUCAGCCUAUAAGAAGCUGGAACUCGGCUACCACUUUCUCAAACAGGUUAAGAAGGUGGACUUCCAGGACGCAGAGGCCAGGACAAUAACAGAGAGGAGGAGGAAGGAGGAGCGGCAGAGGAAGAUGGAACGGAUCUACAAGGCCAGAGUGGAAGCAGCAACCAAGGAAAUGGAGGAAUCCUACCAAGACAUCGAGGCAGCGCUGACUGAGAUGGAGUCCUGCAUGAAGCUGCUUUUCCCUGAGUUUGGCCUGGCAGGUUCCCCAGCAGCCAACAGUGAUCCCUCAGACAGACAGCCGGACAAAGACUGCCGGGCCGAUGAAAAUGAGCCCUGCUGUAGUAAAAAUCUGAGGGAGAGGAGAGACUGUAGGGAGGAGGAGGAGAACUCUGACACGGAAAACAGAGAGAAAAGCUUUGAAGAGGAGAGGAAGGAGAAUGAGGAGGGAAGGAUGAAAGCAGAGAUGGAGGAAGAUGGAGAAGGAGCGGAGGAAAGUAGCCAAGAAGAGUCGGAUGAAGAAGACUCGUUCAUCAGGAACUCUGGGCUCAUCUCUCACACCUACAGCCUGGACGUGAGCCUCAGUUCUGUUCUUCACGUGAAGGAGACAGAAGACAACGAGCCAGUGGUUUCCACCAUGAUGGAGCUCCACAAGGUGAUCAGCUCCAAACACCUUCCCGCCGUCCAAGGCUGGGUCCAGGUCUUCACCAAGUCCCACGCUGAGCCACAGCUGCUGAGGAGAGCGCUGAGUCUCAGGAAGUCUUUAGAAGCUGCACUGCAGAAACACAGAGAACUUCACAUCGACUGUAAGACUCGAGUACGCAGAGUGAUGAAGGCUACCUCACACGGAGAGGAGGACGAUGACGAAGACGAGUUUGAAGAGGUUCCAGAGAAAGAAGGAUAUGAGCCACACAUUCCUGAGCAUCUCCGAGCAGAGUACGGUCUGGAUCCCGCUCCUUCCACCUCAACUGCAGCAUUCGCACCCAAAACUCCCCCAGUCAGAAGACCUCCAGCUUCCCCUCUUCCAUCCAGCUCAUUUUCCUCUUCCAGGAGGAUGAGGAGGCUCCUAGAGGACGAGCAGGAUCCAACUUCUGCUGCAGCCACACUGCGUGUCCUCAGACAGCAGAUCCUGCUUCCAGAAUCCAGCAGCAGCAGCACUACUGGCCCUGGUUCAUCUCAGCCGGACUCAGCGCAGGAUGCUGCUGAAGCUCCAGUUGUUCCUUUUGGUUUGGAUCUGUACUACUGGGGCCAGGAGCAACCCAACGCUGGCAAGAUUCUCAAGUCAGCCUCUCAGCACCAGUUCUGGGUUCCUGCAGAGGUGGAGGAGGAGGUGGAGAACCAGGACCUGUUGGCACAGAGUAAGAGCAGAUACAUCUCUUUCCCGGGGAACUUUGUGCCCGUCAGCCAUUUCUGCAGAGCCCCGCUGGGCAACGGCACGCUGUGUCAGCGGCAGGACCGCAUUAAGUGCCCUUUCCACGGCCUGAUCAUCCCCCGCGACCAGGAGGGACAGCCCUGCAGAGAGGAGGACCGGCAGAGGGAGGAGCAGGAGGAACGGAGGAAGAGAGAGCAGCAGCAGGCUGGUGAGAGAGGAGAUAAACUAAACAGAAUCCAGAAUUUGACAUCGGUGGGAUUAUUGUCAGAGUUUAUUUCAACAAAAAUGACUGAUAGGUUCCUGCUCACCUUCUGAUUCUGUCUAGCUUUCCUAAACCUUAACAGAACCAUCCAUCCAUUUUCUAACACCCUUGUCCCUCAGUGGG